GGCAUCUCCCGCACGGGAAGUUGUCUCCGAGUGCGCCAAAAGUCACUGCCUUUCACCUUCUCCCUCCCUCGUCCUCUUCCUCUCUGCAAUCGUCUCCUUGUCCUAUUCCCAGAUUCUUCCUCCCAAUUCCAAGCCCUCUUUUGAUCCCUCGAUACCUUCUGCUGUCUCGGAACACAUGUUGAUGGCGAUGACUCUCCUCGUCCUGUAGCUCAUCAUGACCCUCGCCGGCACGCCUCGCGUUGUUCUGGGCCCACCCUCCUCCUGGACUGUACCGAGCGCCUGUGCAGUUAUAUAGCGGUCGCUGCGGCGGCGAAGUCGGAGGCCUGGUGUGAGAUGGAUUCCGCAGAUUCUCGCCGUGACGAGGAAGCUCCAUUGGUCGCUGCCGAGGCCUCGCCGGCUCCGUCGCUUCGGAGAAGCCAUGCCCGAGACGUUCAUAUACUGAGCUGCGGGUUUCUGCUCAUCUUCUUGGCCUACGGCGCUGCUCAGAAUCUCGAGAGCACUGUGAACACUACGGAUAAUUUGGGCACGAUCUCGCUUGGGAUACUGUACGUGUCCUUCACAUUCUUCUCCUUGGUCGCUUCUCUGGUGGUUCGGGCAAUUGGCCCCAAAAAUGCUAUUCUUCUUGGGACUACUGGUUACUGGCUGUUCAUAGCAGCGAAUUUGAAACCAUCCUGGCUCACAAUGGUUCCCGCUUCUUUCUAUCUUGGGUUUGCUGCGUCAAUAAUAUGGGUUGGGCAGGGGACAUAUCUUACCUCGACUGCACGUAGUCAUGCAAAAGAGUGCAGCUUACAUGAAGGAACAGUUAUUGGUGCCUUUAAUGGAGAGUUUUGGGGAAUGUUUGCUAGUCAUCAGGUUGUUGGAAAUCUAGUAUCUCUAGCUGUUUUGAGAGAGGAAACAGAUGGGAGUGCAAGCGGAACAACAUUAUUGUUCAUUGUGUUUCUGUGCAGUAUGACCUUCGGAACCAUACUUAUGUGUUUCUUGAGAAAAAGAGACAGUAGAGAAGAAAGUGCACUUUCCCCAGAAUACCCUGCUUGUUUCCAUUCUUCUCUGGUGUCUCUAUCAAAGUCUGUGAUUAGUCCUUUGUUUGAUGUAAGAAUGGUGCUGAUAAUCCCGCUGAUUGCAUAUUCGGGGUUGCAGCAAGCAUUUGUUUGGGCUGAAUUCACGAAGGACAUUGUCAAGCCAGCUCUUGGGGAGUCUGGCGUAGCUGGUUCUAUGGUCGUCUAUGGGGCGUUUGAUGCUAUAUGCUCCGUGGCUGCUGGUCGUCUCACCUCUGGUCUUACAUCAAUUACUUGGAUAGUUUCCGGUGGUGCUCUUCUUCAGGCUUCUGCGUUCGUCUGGAUGUUGGUGAAAAGCAGCUUUAGCGGAGUCUUUCAGAUUAUAUGCCCCCUUGUACUGGCUGCAAUUUUGGGAAUUGGUGAUGGUGUUCUUAAUACACAAUUGAAUGCUCUUCUUGGAUUGCUCUUCAAGAGAGAUACGGAAGGAGCAUUUGCGCAGCUAAAAGUCUGGCAGAGUGCAUCAAUUGCAGUAAUCUUCUUCUUGAGCCCAUACAUCUCGUUGGAGGCUAUGUUGUGGAUAAUGCUCGCCGGAGUCUGUGUCUCAUUUUCUGGGUUUUUGUACCUCUCUCUUCGUGUAGAAAAAACAUUCUACCGUCCCAGUUCUUGAAAGCUUUGAAUCCUCAUGUUUUGCUCUUCCAAUAUUCGCUGUCAUGUGGAAAAGUUGUAUCCUCUGUGCCUUUGGAACUUGUUCGAGGGCGCAAAGUUUGCGAAAGUGAACUGAGUUUGAAGUGUAAUUAUAAUGUCUGAAUGAGAAAUCACUUCUCGAA